CGUGACGUGCAAACAUUUCAGACUUCCGUUGCUGGUCAAUCAGAACGAUUGACACAUCUCUCAAAAGUCAAGAGCCAGUGGCAUCGACGGACAGCCUUCAACUUCCCGCCAACAACACUGAAGUCGCGAACUAUGAGGAAGCGAACACACCGCGUGGAAAAUAUUGAGUCAAAUACAAAUAUCACAUCAAAAACGCCCCCCCGGAAGCAAAAACGGAUGGGAACGGGAAGGGUACCAUCUCGAAGUGACGAGUAAUCUCCGUGCGAGCUAACGGCAGCGGACGUGUGGAUUAAAAGACAAAGUCGUGACAGAACAUCGAAGCGCGUCUUGACGAACAGAUGCCCUGCUUCGGGAAGUUACGGACACAACCGGGAUCCAUCCUCCGAGUCGUCCCCUGCUGUCCCCGAGAGGCGCGCGCACGCGAAGUGUGGAAAGACAGAACUGGCAGUAGCAGCAUUGCGGCAGCAACAGCGCGUGGUGCACACGCACACACGCAACCGCAGCAGUGCGGUGAGGUAGCCAUCACGCACAGUUGAGGAUUUCUUCCUCUCUGAGCCCGUUCGUCUCUGACCAAGGCAACACACUCUGCACUCCCAUCAAUAAGGAAACCCUGAAAAUCCCUCUCAGAUCGAGCCUUCUGAGAAAUGAGCUGCCAAUGAGUCUCGCUCAAGUUCAUCAGUCAACGCUAUUUGGCCUGGGAGUCUUCUAGAGGGUAGGGCCUCCUCACCAACAUGAAGGGGUUGGGGACCAACCGUAACAGACACCUGUCUGACUCCUGCGAUCCUUCCUCAGGCCAUCCUGAGGCCCUCUACCCUCAGAAGACGAGCACCCUGCCACGCAGCCCUUACCUGCUGAGCCCCACAAUGGACCACUAUGGCACCAUGGACCCCCACCUCUACCCUUCGGCCAACCCGGGCUCCUUUCCACCAGAGUGCAUGCUGCCCCUCAACAACCAGCUGUCAAACAGCAGUACCUUCCCCAGGAUUCAUUACAACUCCUACGACCAGUCUGACUUCUCCCCACCUGGGGACAGUAUCGGGGGGAUAAGUACAGGGACCAUGGGGACAUCAAUGUCCAUGGGCAUGGGAACAGGCAUGGGCAUGGUGGGGUUGAGUGGACGAACUCCUAUGAUUACUAGCGGCUCAGCGACUAUAUCACAUCACAUGACCAAGAAUCAGGCACCCCCCAGUCUGCUGGAGUUUGACAAGCAGCUAUCUGGAGGGCGUGACGGAUUCAGCACAUUGCAGUUCCAUCGAUCAUCUGCUGUUGCUGCCGCCAAGCAGCGCACAGACAGUCCUGGUCGAAUUCGUUACAUGCUGCACUCAGUGCAGAAGCUCUUUGCUAAGUCCCAGUCACUGGAAAGCCACAACAUGAAAGGAAACAUCAAUGGACGAUCGACCGGCAGUACUGGAGGCUCGUCUGGCACCGAGGACGGAGGGAAGCAGAAUCGCAGAUCCAAAAGUAAAGAUCGGAGUACAAAGUCAGAGGCGACUGCCAAGAGACGGCCUCGCUCCAACAUGUCAGGUUACUGGAGCUCAGACGAUUUGGACAGCAGCGAUCUGAGCAGCUACCACAACACCAUGGCCAUGAUGACUCUAGGCCGUCCGACUGGCCACGAGAGCCAGAGCAGAUACAUCCACAGUGGGUACAAUACUGUCAGCUCCUCCAAAAGCAGCAAUGAAAUGAAGUAUCAGGGACAUCCCGGGCCUGCGGUUGGAGGAGGUGGUGGACUAGGUGGAACAGGGGGUAUGUUAAUAAAUGAUAAUGACUAUAUGAAAGGAGGGUCCUGGUCCACGUUGACCAUGGGCCAGCCGAGACCAGUGAUCCAGACGGGAUCAGCUACUCUGGACAGGUCCAUGCUUAAGUCCAAAUCCUGCCAACAGGAACUAACGUGCAACUACCUGCAGGUUGGACGAAGGGGUGACUGGAGUAGCACAUUAGGCCACAGCGGGGGUGCCAAUGAAAUCCCAUGUCGGCGGAUGCGCAGUGGCAGCUAUGUGAAGGCCAUGGGAGACCUGGAGGACAGCGACGACUCGGAGGGAAGCCCGAAACCCUCUCCAAAAUCUACCGCUCGCCGCCAGAGCUACCUCAGGGCUACGCAGCAGUCUCUGAGCGACCAGCUACCCCCACGCAACAGAACCCUGGAUUACACCUUGUUGCAGGGUGAGCUGGAUGCCCUGUGGUCUCCACUCCACAGUGUGUCCUCCCUGCACCAGCUGGGCAGGUCAAUGAGCAGCUGUCUUCCAUCUCUCAGAGAGCUCUCCAAUAACCGCAGCCUUGACAACCUCGACUGCAUCGAGGGUACAGGGUUGUCUCUGCCGCGCUGGGAUGAUGAUGACGACUUUAGCCAGGUCUGCAGCACCUUGGGCAGACGUAGCUGCAUGGGACAGCUACGGGACUUGGAACUGAGUCGUCAUUAUGAGGACCGCAGCUCUGAGUCCACAUUCAGAGAUUCCCGAUCCCAUUCUCAGGACAACCCAGAGCCUCCGGACUUGCCCAUGCCGACAUGCUUCCGAUCUCGCAGCCACAGCUACCUGAGAGCCAUCCAGGCUGGCUGUUCACAAGAUGAUGACACAGCGUCCAUGGACUCUGGCUGCUCACCACCUCUGACUGACUCCACUGUCCGCACCUACAACACCAGCACUGACGGCCUUUCUACCCAAUGGAAGACAUGGAAAGAACAGUUUGGCUCUUACCUGAUAGCCACAGGCUUGGACAAAGCCCCAAAGGAGAAACAACUUGCAAUUUUUCUACAGCGUUUUGGGACAGACAGACCACGCAUCCUACCCUCACACACAGUUUCUUCAUGCAUAACCACCUGUAAGAAGAUUGCUCCUCCACCAGUGCCUCCCCGCACGACCUCCAAGCCCUACAUCUCUGUGACGGUACAGAGCAGCACAGAGUCGGCCCAGGACAACUACCUGGACCAGCAGGACCGGAGGUCGGAGGUCAACAGCCAGUCCAGUCACGCUCACAGCAACUCCUCUGACAGCCUCAAUAGCACCCGUGCCAACAGCCUGGCCCGGGGGAUUCCCCGCCCUCCGCACAUCAUCCCCACUCCUAUCGCCAUCCCGAGAGAGCCAAUUGCCCCCACCACCGCCAAUGCUUCCACCGAGACAAGUGACUCAGUAGUCCAGCAUGAAUCCCUGAAAUCAGGAUUUAAUAAAGCGAAUCUUGUGGCAGAGGAACCCCUAGUAGCCCCAGUACCCAGACGGAAACUGUCCUCCAUUGGCAUACAGGUUGACUGUAUUCAGGAAGUUCCACGAGAGGAGACCCCACCACUGGCCAAAUUUCAGUCAAUCGGAGUACAGGUGGAGGACGGUUGGCAGAUCGGACGCUCCAGUAGCAUGGCCGCAAAACAAGAAACCGGCUCAGGCACACAGGACAUCCCUGUUAUCUCCCAUUUCAACAAUACCAAACCCACAGAAAAGAAAAUCAUGAUCAAUAGUGCAAGCCAAUCCAUGAGCUCCCCACCUGGACAGGACUCUUUAGACAAUGGGGACACUACUGGUGACACCACCUCCUCACCACCACCACCCAGGCAAAUCCUCAAGCGCUCAACCACACGAAGUAGCUCCUCCUCCUUUUCAGAAAGUCUGGACCCGGCGCUCGACCCCUCAUCUCUGCCACCUCCAGACCCCUGGCUGGAGAGUGGGAAUGGUAGUAACAGCAGUGUACCCCAGAGCGGAGGGGGGGGGGCACUGUGUCGGAGAGACGGCCACUGGUUCCUCAAGCUGCUGCAGGCGGAGACCGGACGCAUGGAAGGCUGGUGCCAGCAGAUGGAGCAGGAGACCAAAGACAACCAGCUCUCAGAGGAGGUGCUGGGGAAGGUUCGCAGUGCAGUAGGAAGUGCCCAGCUCCUAAUAUCCCAGAAGUUCCAGCAGUUCCGGGGACUGUGUGAACAAAACCUGAAUGUGAAUGCCAAUCCACGAACGACAGCCCAAGACCUGGCUGGUUUCUGGGACCUGCUGCAGCUCUCCAUCGAGGACAUCAGCCUCAAGUUCGACGAGCUUUACCACCUCAAGUCCAAUGACUGGCAGCUCGCGCCGUCGGCGGCUGCCCAGUCGCCCCCUGAGCGGAAGGACGAGGAGAAGGUGACCCCUCCAGCAUCAAAGAAGCCCGGUAAGGGACGACCGUCGCUGGGCCGUGAGAAGAGUGCCGACUCUUCCUCCACUUCUUCUUCGGCCUCGGCAGAGAAGCAGAGACAGGAGGCUCGCAAGCGUCUGCUGGCUGCCAAGAAGGCGGCUUCAUUUCGGCAGAACUCAGCCACAGAGAGCGCAGACAGCAUUGAAAUAUACGUCCCCGAGGCCCAGACUCGCCUCUGAGAGAGACGCUGACUGAGAAGGAUGUAGGGUCGGAUCAAAGGAUAGAUGAGUGUCGCUGAAAUACCUGCAAAAAGUAGAGGAGAACUUUUGCAAUGCAAAUGAGCUACUCAGAGUAAACCUGGAUGGAGGUGGGGGGAGGAGAGAUCAGAUUCCCAGAGACGAGUGGUGGGGGUCAAUUUGGGCAUUUUGUGCCACAUUCAAAUAGUUAUAGGCUGGUCCUGGUGGCAUCAUACACUAUCAACUAACAAGACAUUUAACUCGUGGACUUGACAGACUAUAAAGCAGGAGACUUGUCAUUUGAGGCUGCCAGUAAAAACUUAGUCGACGAACUUUGUAAUUUCUUGUUACUACUCUUGAUAUCAUAAAAUUGUUAAUGAAGGUAAUUACGAUGAUCAUACCCUAAAUUAUCCACACGAAGACUGUUUUAAACGUUCCUCUUUCUUGGCUAUAAGAUCUAUUAAGUGGACAGAAGACGAGAAGUUGACCCAUCCUUGUCCUCUCUUCCCAGAUCAUUGGCCAUCUUGUAGCUUUGCACAGCACCGCCUUGUGGCCAUCACACACACUGCUCACACUGACGUCCACUGCACCACACUACAAACUCACACUUAUGUACGUCUUCCUUGUAUUUAUUUGUUUGCUUUACUCGUCCCCCUGUUUUGUAUAAAAAUCCAAUUAGAUCAGGUUAUUGUGAAUAUUUUUGGUAUCAAUGAAAUUGAAAGUCAGGUUUGAGGAGAUACUCUUAUGGUUCCUAGCAAUUAACUCUUCUGUAUGUUCUUCAAAAAUGUUUGUUUUUUUGUGUCAAAAGAUUUUAAACACUGUUGAGAAUAUGUAAAGCAUAGUUUCUUUAUAGUUUAGAAUGAGAGCACAUCCCAUUUUUAACAAUGACCAAGCAUGAGGAUCUCAGUUUCUGCCAGAAUGACGGUGGCUGAUGUUAAAACUGAAUAUUUUCUUUUGUAGGGAAAAUAUUAAGUUUCUUUUGCUUCUCUCUGUUCCAUUAAGUUCAUGUCUGUGCUGUUACUGCAGAUGCGUGGAUAUUUCAGUCUGUCUGAGGCUUCAUUAAGUGCUUUUAUUAACCUCACUUAGCAAUUCAACUCGUACGUCUCAUAUCAAUCUAGGGCUUUUAUUGCAUUAACGCUGCAGGCUGAGUGUGCAGGAAAGUACUGUUAUUGUUUGUGGGGACACAUUAGGACAUGUGUCUUACCAGGGUUUUUUUAUUCUUUGGUUCAAAAGCAUUUAUGAUUUGUUUUGCCACCAUCACUUGACAAAAUCAGUCUUAGUCUUUAGUUUAGCCACUAUUGUUUCCCCCUCCCUUGAACAUCGUCCAAAGUAUCUGCACUUUUUUUUAUUCAAAGAAAAAUAUUUAAUUAAAGCAUUCCAUACAUUA